AGCAUCUUUUCAAAUUUUGCAGGCCAAAGGCCACGCGCUUCAGAUUUGAAAAGAUGCUGAGAGGGCAUCUUUUCAAAUCUCAAGAACCACAGGAGAGCACAGCAGCUUUUUCGCCUGUUGGUUUUCAGAUUUGAAAAGAUGCGCCCCGAGGUAUAUUUCCCCGUUUCAGCCGUGUCCACAUCUGAAAAUGUUGCGCCAUGAAGCACGGGCCACCUCGUCAGGGGUUGCUCGCUCUUCAGGUCUCCCGGAUCUCUCGACCCCUUUGGCUUCUCGGACAGCUGUGGUCUGUGCGCGCCUCCCUAUUCUACCUAGACCUCCCCUUCCAGUUGGCUUUUCCGGGUUUCCCAGCAUACGCCGUCUGUCCUCAUUUUACUGGGUGCGCGCCAAGUCCUGAACCGCUAGGGGUUUGGGAAGCUGCGCAGAAGAUGCGGUGGGCGCUGUUUCCGAAUCAGGCCCAAGCCAGGCCGGGGCUGAUAAGAGGGGGGGCGCAGCCUUUCGCUUGGCUACGCCUUGUGGAGGGUAAAUUCGCCGGGGGCAUUUUCCGCGUUUGUCGCUAUUGCCGGGCGCCUUGCCUUACCUGCGCAAGCAGUCAGAGGCGCGCUCAGGGUCCAUGGCCUCAUAUGAUUGGGAGGCUCGUUUGGGUGGCUUUUCUCUUUGGGGUCUUUGGCUUGCGUUUCUGCCCCGGACCUCGGGGCAGAAAUAGAACAGCCCGGCUUGGCGCGUUUGCAAAGGCGGACGCGCAGCCGCCAUCGAAGAGGCGCUACGCGAUAAUCGGCGAGGGCGCCGCGCAAUCAACUGGCCAA